GAUUUGCACCGCCUCAACCUUGCGGCUCUGCAAGACGCCCGCUCGUCACUACACGUUGGGUGGCCUCAAUGGCGGCAGUGUAGGUAUAUAACCACCCAAGUUCUUGGAUUCUUAUCUUCGCAUCGCUUGGUCGCCCAAGGUACUACUACACAGCCGAGACGUAGAGCUAAAGCUCGACCGGUCAAGUGGCUCGAACACUGGCGCGUACAACAUCCCUUUCGUUCAGUCACACUUACCUGGCUUCUCAACAAUACAUAUCUUCGCAGUUUCAACACCGGCACGUGAGCUUCAACCGCCGCGAUAGCAUGGAUCGAGGCAUCAACCCAAGCAUGUUGAGCUUGACCGGGACAUGGGCCGAGCCUGUCGCCUGCAACCAUGUCGAAGAGGAUUUACUAGCUCACUCACCAGACCUGACCGACCUCAUUGCUAUGGGCGGUUUGCUGACCGUCUCCAUCGGCUUCGGAGGCAGCAGCGGUGAGCAAGCUCCCCUCUCAGCGUCAGCGCUUCUGCCACCGCACCGAAACCUCCCAACGUUCGUUCGAAUGCCCGCAACGCCACCUCCACGGACCAAUCUACGCCCUUCUCAACGCCCACAUUUGCAUCUCUCCACAUCCGAAGCACAACUUCACCCAGGCAAUCAUGCCUACCCUGCCGUAGCUCCGCUCUCGGCACCAGCUAUCCGGGUUCACCAGCCUGAAGAGGCUUUGGCACAAACUGUUCCAACCACUGCGCAUCCGUUCAAUGUGCGGCCGCGCUCAUUGACUGGACCAAGACGAGCUCUGCAGGCCGGCGACCGUCAAAUCACCGCACCUGGUGAGCUUGAGACAACGUCAGCGCAUGGAGCCUCACCCAUCGACCAUUUGAGUCCGGAUAGAAGGGAGUGGGACGUGUUUCAGAAUUCUACGAACGAUCUGAACGUAGUACAACCUGAAGGCAGCCCACGGGUAAGUCGGUCUUCGAGUCGACGCGGCAGAAGUCCUUCAAGCAUCAGGAGCAGCUCUGUGGCUAGCUCAGCGAGCCGCAGCUCAUCCACAGGGCAGCAUCUGUGUGACCAUACCAAUUGCGGCAAGCGUUAUCGAACGCAGAAUGACCUGAAGCAUCACAAACGGUAUCAUACGCCGUACCUUGAGCGGCCGUACGUUUGCGACAGAUGCUUCAAACGCUUCUUGUUCGGUCGAGAGUUGAGAAGACACCAUCAAACCAUUACCCACGAUGGCCGCCAAUUCCAUUGCGCGACGUGUGGUCAAUCGUUCGUCCGACAGGACCACCUUACCCGUCAUGAGAAGAUACAUAACCGAUCUGAAGGUGUGGCCACACCUGUCUCGUCGGGCGCUUACUCCUCACCGUCCGCAGGCGGCUCCUCGGCACGGAAUCGUCACUCGAUGGAGAUGCCGCCCGACUUCAAUAUCACGAACUAUACGCCAAUGACGGAUGCCGAUGCGCCUCCGCCGCUCGAUCUCGAACACCUGUCACCAUUCUCAACACACCUCAACGACGACUACAAAUACGACGAGUAUUGCGACUCUGCUGACAUCGUCUCGAUACCGUCUCUACCGCCCUCGCCGACGCCUCAAGCCUGGCCUAAUACGCACGGCUUUCUCCGAUAGCGAGCUUUCAGGCUGGGUGUUGCGUGCAUAUGCUCGUUGUGGGAGCUGGCGUUUAUGCCCAGAUAUAUACGGCCAGUGUAGGCAUGGGUAGAGGAAAUGGCGGGUUCGAUUUACCGCGUCGGCGUGCUGUUUCUUCUGGUCCAUGGUCGGAUGCUG